AGUGAUGUCACUGUCUGGGGGAGGGGAAAGGAGGUAUUCCGAAAGUCCAGCUUGACUUCCAGGGAUCACUACUAUACACAUGGAAACCGAGGAAAACUAAAUACAACAUAUUUAAAGAAAGAGUAAUAAACUGUAAAAUAUGCGUAGUUCAGAUGAUUCACUGAAGCGGACUAAUCGACUUGUAUGAUAUUGUUUUGUGUGGAAAAACCCGGAGAAAACUUGUUGCGUGGAAAAACCAUGGAGAGGCCGAAAAUGACAGCGGCGCUAUUUUGCUGUCUCUUAUCUACAGGGCUUGCCAUCCAAGUGACCGUUCCUCAGACAGAACGGAGCACCACUCUGUUUGCGUCAGUCAUCUUACGCUGUGACUACUCUACUUCAGUCAACCAGCAAGAAGUGCUGGUUACGUGGCGCUACAAGUCCUUCUGCUUGGACCCUGUGCUGCAGUACUACUCAGCAGCAUACCAGGCAGCUCUGAGUCUGGGGCAAGACCCAGCAAAUGACUGUCCUGACCGACAGCGCACUGUUCGUGUAGUUAUCCAGAAGAGAGGGACCAAUGAGCCCACACUGGGUUCAGAAUACCGUGAACGCAAGAUCACUAUCCAAAACAAAGCUGAUCUAGUCAUCAAUGAGGUCAUGUGGUGGGAUAAUGGUAUGUAUUUCUGCUCCAUUGAUGCAGCUGGAGAUACCAUCGGAGACUCUGAUAAGGAAAUCAGGCUCAUUGUGUACAACUGGCUGACUGUGCUGUUGAUCAUUCUUGGGGCUUUUCUUCUGAUCACACUUUUCUGUAUCUGCUGCUGUCAGUGCUGCCCUCAGAACUGCUGUUGCUAUGUUCGCUGCCCAUGUUGUCCAGAAACAUGCUGCUGCCCAGAGAAAGUGGUGAUGCAACACAAGAUGAUGCGCGAGGCCCAGAAAGCUAUGGCUCCCUGGCUCCAUGGCCAACCUGUUUAUACCCACAUUGGGUCUAAUGGAUCAUCUCAGGCAAACCCUCUGCUCUAUUCAGGUUCCUUCUCAGACCAUUCUUCAAAACACACUAUACCAAUGGCACAGAUGGCUGGUCCUCCUCUGCAACCUGUCCCCCCUAUGAUGCUUUCAAAUCAUGUGCAAGCCAAUGGGAGUGUGCAUGGUAGUGUCUAUAACAACAAUCAGAUUCUAGACUUUCUGGAGAAUCAGGUGAGGGGAAUAAAUGGGGAAGCCCCAGUUCUCCAGCCUGCAACUCAUUAUGUGGCGACACAUCUGCCUCCUCAACAAGUGGCCCAUCAACCCCAGCAUAUGCAUAAUGUUCCACCCAUGCAGCCAAUAACACAAUCUGUGCCUUUCUCCACCAGACCCCCUAGUAUGCUUUCAGCUUUAGAUGAAAUGGGUGUGCAUGGUGUAGAGCGUAGGGUUAUCCAGUUGCCUCCCAUUGUGGGCCGUGCACCGAGCUUAACCUCUCGCAGGGGCCCAAGGGAAACCCGUGCGGUACCCCGACACUCUAGUCAAUCAAGUGGUAGCUCAAACCGCACAGGUCGUAACCGUGACAAUUCCCGGUAUCCCGGGACAUCACAGCAUGGGAUCUUGCGCAGUUACAGUGAUGAGUCUGACUGGAAUGACAGACGGUUGGGCCGAAGCUCAGGAGAACACAGGGGGGAUAGAGACUCGCAGAGGUCUCGCUCAUAUGUUCGCAGCAAAGCGGAGUUAAUUAAGGAACUUGAAAGGCAAAACCCUCAACGAGAAAGGAGCUACUCGCCCACACCCGAGGGUGACUUCUGGAGCUCAGAGGAGGAGGAUGAUGGUAACAGAAGGGUGUCAAGAUCACGAGACCGUGCAUGGCCUGACAAACCACCUAGUUACUCUUCCAUUGAAAUCCAACCAAGACAUAGCAAGAGGACUAGUGAGCGUAACUCGGACAAGAGCUCUCGAAGUGGUGCCAGCGUUAUCAUCUGAAACCUCUAUGUAAUGUAUUUUUACAAUGAGUGCCUAAGUUAGUGUAUUUCUGUAAUAGCGAGUGUUACAAUAUCAUUAUGAAGAUUAUUCUAAGAUCAUACAAUAAUAACUUUCACUAGGACAGUGGGGCUAGAAAAAAAUAUAAGUGAAUCUUUGUAAUUUUAAGAUUCAUAUCUUACAUUUUUUAUAUGGUUUUAUAUAUUGUCUGUAUUUUCAAAUGUCUGUUUUUUUACACUUCAAUAGGCUGCACUUUUUUUUUGACUAAAUAUUUGUAAUUUUAUAAGCUGAUAUAAUUUUUUAUUUUAUUUUAGAUUGCAUUAUUUAAAUCCUAUUUGUUAUACAUUAGGCUUUGUCUCAUUUUUGGUGCUGUUUGUAUAUGUACAAAAUGAAGGAAAUCUUGUUACACACAGUUUAUUUUAAUUAUACCCUUGUUGAGAAUCUUUACAGUUCUACUUGCUGUACAUACUUUUCCUCAUAGAACACUCGGCUAGUUUAUUUUAACGUUUUCUGGAACGUAAUAUUUAGUUUAUUUGUUACUUGUACAUACACUUUUAAAGAAAUGCUCUUUUUCUAUUGCUUAUUCGGUAAUAAAAAAAAAGGAAUCACAUGAGGCAUGUUAAAGAAAGUUCAGAAGGUGUGCCACUAAGUAACCACAUAUUAUAUAGUUAUCAAAUUUGUUUACUUCUGUUAACAAAACUAAUCAAACCUGUUCAGAUUAGCAUCUGCAUCAGCAUAAUUAUUUUUUUUUUUCAUAAACAAAUCCAGCAAAAUGAACUAUGUUAUGCAUAAUUUACAAUUGAACUAAUUUUGUUCUUAUUACAUUGUAGGACACAGCCACAUGAAAUAUGGUUGUGAGAGUUCUGGUAUUUCAUUUCUGUCUUUUGAAGAUGGAUUUUAAUUGUCAUAAUGACAAUGUCUGUAAUUGCACAUGGGUAUAUAAUAAAUCAAUUUCAAAUUA